GGGUGUCGCAGCCCAGCCUCAACACGCAGCCCUUCAUGCCCAUCGCGCCGACGAGCGAACCGACCCACGUGGUGUUGGAGGACGUCACCGACACCACCGCCACCAUCAAAUGGAGACCCCCGGAGCGCAUCGGGGCGGGCGGCGUCGACGGAUACCUCGUCGAGUGGUGCCGGGAGGGAUCCAAUGAAUGGGUGGCGGCCAACACGGAGUUGGUGGAGCGCUGUGGGCUGACGGCGCGGGGUCUCCCCACGGGGGAGCGGCUGCUCUUCCGGGUCAUCAGCGUCAACAUGGCGGGCAAAAGCCCCCCCGCCACCAUGGCCCAACCCGUCACCAUCCGGGAGAUCGUCGAGCGCCCCAAAAUCCGCCUCCCGCGGCACCUCCGCCAGACCUACAUCAGGCGCGUGGGGGAGCAGGUCAACCUCGUCAUCCCCUUCCAGGGGAAGCCCCGCCCCCAGGUCACGUGGUCGCGGGAGGGCGGCGCGCUGCCCGCGGAGGUUCAGACGCGCACAUCCGACGUGGAUUCGGUGUUCUUCAUCCGCUCCGCCGCGCGGCCGCUGUCGGGGAACUACGAGAUGAGGGUCCGCAUCGACAACAUGGAGGACUGCGCCACGCUGCGCCUCCGCGUCGUCGAGCGUCCCGGCCCCCCGCAGGCGGUGCGGGUGAUGGAGGUGUGGGGCAGUAAUGCGCUGCUGCAAUGGGAGCCCCCGAAGGACGACGGCAACGCCGAAAUCAGCGGAUACACCGUGCAGAAGGCCGACACGCGCACCAUGGAGUGGUUCACAGUGUUGGAGCACAGCCGCCCCACGCGCUGCACGGUGUCGGAGUUGGUGAUGGGCAACGAGUAUCGGUUCCGCGUCUACAGCGAGAACGUCUGCGGGACGAGCCAGGAGCCCGCCACAUCCCAUAAUACUGCCCGCAUCGCCAAGGAGGGGCUGACCCUAAAGAUGGUGCCCUAUAAGGAACGCGACCUCCGCGCCGCCCCACAGUUCCUCACCCCAUUGGUGGACCGCAGCGUCGUGGCGGGGUACACCGUGACCCUAAACUGCGCCGUGCGGGGUCACCCCAAACCGAAGGUGACGUGGCUGAAGAACAGCGUGGAGAUCGGGGCGGACCCCAAAUUCCUUUCCCGCCACGGUUUGGGGGUGCUGAGCCUCCUCAUCCGCCGGCCCAGCCCCUUCGAUGGGGGCACCUACGGCUGUAGGGCCGUCAACGAGAUGGGGGAGGCCACCACCGAGUGCCGCCUGGACGUCAGGGUGCCCCAAUGAGGAUCGCAUCGCAGAGCGGCGUUUUGGGGUGUUGCAUCGCCGCCCGCAGUGCCAAUAAAUGCAGU